UCGGAGCCUCCCGUCAAUUUCCCAAAAUCUUCCCUAUUUGUUUUCUCUUUUUAAAUCAAAUUGACGAGUCACAAAAAUGGAGCCAAAACAAUCAAGCAGAGAAGAGUUUCCAUUGUACUUUCAUUGUUCUAAUCUUCGUACUUCUUAAGCAGGAGAGCCAAAUUCUAUAGUCUCGGAUCAGUGCCUCCCAUCAAUUUCCCAAAAGUCUUGCCUAUUUGUCUUCUCCUUUUUUUUCCACGUCUGAUCGAUUCUUCCUCAUAUUGGAGUUUUGAAUCAAAUUGCACCACUGACAAGUCUCCGGAAUUGAGCCAAAAGAAUCAAGCAGAGAAGAAUUAUCAUCAGCACAAGCGGUUAUUCUUGGAGUUUUGGCAUGAUGGGUUCUUCCAACUGCUGAGUUUGCCUAUAAAAACGAUGUGAAUCGACCUAUAUUAAGGGGGAAAGUAACCAUUCAAAGUGGUGUAUGGUAAGAGGACUAACUAUUGGGCGGAACGCAGCGAUCAAAGCUUUGGUUUGGGGUCCACUUGGUUUAAACGAAAGAAGAGAUCUUUCAUCUUGCUGCUAUUUUGGGGAUUGGCUUUCUCCUCAGUCCUCCUGUGCCUAUACGUUGGUUCUCCAUGUUACUCUCUUUGUUCUAAUCACUGGAGGCGUCCUCUUACUCCUUAGCAGGCUUGACGUCUACAUCCAUGAUUACUUGGUUAAGAAGGGCAUGAAUACGACAGCUGAGGCAUUGGCCAGGGAAGCUAAUGUUAAUCCGGGACAAGCUGCUGUCAAUUGUCCUGGGGGAUUUCUAGCUGAGUGGUGGGAUGUAUUCUAUGAUAUAUUCAACUCUAAUCAGGCCGAGCAGGCCCAAGAGCCCUAUGCUGAGGUUCCACGGACUAUGGACAAUGCGGUACCUUAUAUCCCUUCUGGCUUUAAUCCUGACUCUAAGAUAAAAAUACAAGAGCAAGGCAACCUUGUGUUGCCUGAUGAAGAAGUGACGUCCAAGUUACGAAUUCUUGAGGUGGACGAUGCGAGUCACAGGGUGCCAUCUGCAACCGCUUCUAGCCCCCCGGUGCAGCAAAUGCCAAAUAUGCCUCAACAGUGGGAGGCCAGAGAUGAGACAAGUGGUAUUUACUUUGGAAGAACCAAGCAGAUGGAUCCAAAUCACUGUGGCCCUACAAAAGCUUUGCUUCCUACAACUGGAUCUUCUGAUGCUGGCUCUUCCACCGGCUCCUGCUCCUAGAUGCAGCAAGCUCCCUAAUCAAAUCAAGAUCUCGCGAUUUUCUGAUCUUCCUCUUGGCAUUGCGUGAAGAAGGUGCUAGCAAAUGUUAUAUAAUUCACUGUUGUCAAAUCAUUAUACAAGUGGCAUCCUGGGAAAAAAGAACUAUACAACAUGGAUUUCAUCUUAGAAAUCCACAAAAUCUAUACAACUGUUCAGGGAAAAACAAAGCUGCCCAACAAGUAUCUAAUCAAGUUUGGCUGUCAGCGGCAUCUCUUUGAUUGGUUAUCCACAUUCUACUAAAAGCAAGCUCCUCUGUUUCUUCUUUCAUCACAUCAGAAGUGUGUUGGUUGGUGUUGCAUGGGAGGAAGUUCCUCUAUGUUGUCUUAAUGGCAUCAUGUGACUUGUCUUGUCCAUUUAAAAAAAAUUGUAAAUUGGAUGUCACUUCUUACGCAUGUGUGAUAAGGUUUCCUUGCUCUUGCAUUCUCUUAGAUAAUUUGAUUCAGCUUGCUACCUGAAUUAAAUUUUUUGGUAGAGAGAAUUCGAUAGCAAGGCUACCUCAUGAUACGUGCAGAAGAAGUGACAUCCAAUUCACUUUUUCUAGAGAUGGAUGAGUCAUAUGGUACCAUCAGCCAAUACACUUCCUCUCCGUCCAAAGCAUAUAUAAUUCAUUGGAGGAAUGAGUUUAGGGCUUCGAAAAUAAUGCAAAGUACUUUGGAAUUGUAUGACAAAGGAGGCCUGUCGGAAGAACAGGCUUUUGGUAGGACAUAAAGCGCAAAACUAUGAUUACUGGAGAGGUUUCAGAUUUGGAGAUCUCGGGUUUUUUCUUGCAAUUGGAUUUUGACGGGUAUGUUGUAGCCAAGCCAGGAACAAUAGAGACUAGCCCAUGGACGUUUGUGCUGCUAGGUAUAUUCAAGACAAGAAGUACAGGCAAGCCACUACAGCUGCUGGCUCAGGCAUCUCUUUGAUUGGUUAUCAACACUCUACUAAAAGCAAACUCCUCUGUUUCUUCUUUCAUCACAAUAGACGUUUGUUGGUUGAUGUUGCAUGAGAGGAAGUUCCUCUGUGUUGUCUAAUGGCAUCAUGUGACUCGUCUUGUCCAUUUUAAAAAAAUUGUAAAUUGGAUGUCACUUCUUACGCAGGUGUGAUAAGGUUGCCUUGCUCUUGCAUUCUCUUAGAUAAUUUGAUUCAGCUUGCUACCUGAAUUAAGUAGGCGU